GCGGAGCGCGGAUCUGAGCGCAGGGGAGCGGCUUCACUGUGACCCCGAUCUGCGGGGGGAGAGCGACCGCUGGUUGGAGACCACCGGAGCGGACAGCAGACGAUCGCGGACGGCGACGUCAUUUAUUUAUUUUUGUUGUUGUUGUUGUCACAGACAGAUCGUCGUUUUUUUGGCGGUCAGACAGACAGCAACAGUUGUCACGAUGUCUGAGAUCAGAUGAGGCGAGAGCAGCGGAGUGAACAUUGCGGCGCUGCUGUGAUCCGCGGCCGGGGCGGGAUAAACGUGUUGCUGCCGCGUCCCCGCCUGCAAUGAUACAGCCGUCCUAAAUCACCUGGGACGGCGAGGGGAGCGUGGUGUGUAUCUGUUUGUCAUUCUGGGCUUUCGGCGUCAUUCGGCUUGUCGGCCGCCCCCCCCCUCCUCCCCGGUUGUGUCGAGGUUUUGUCUGCGGGUGAGGUGAAUCCAGACGUCAGGGCGGGCUCAUGUUCCGCUCAGCAGGGAAACGGGCUGUUGCGUCUGCAGAGAGUCAGAGCUGACGAGCCUGCUGAGACACACGGACAGACAGGCAGGCAGGCAGGCCGAGAGACAGACAGGAGCGAGGGGAGGGGGGCGACAGCCUGUUUCGGCUCUCUCGACCCUUUGCGGUUCGAGCCGAGCCCCCUCCUGUUUCAACCCAGAACCCCCACCCACUUGCCUCCCGCUUUGGAUGGGGGGAAAGCAGAGCACGGCGGGUCGGCCCCGGGGUGCUUUUCCCGGUGUCUCUACGGAUGACAGCGCGGUGCCACCCUCGGCCCACUUCGGCCACUACCGGCCGAGCGGCACCAUGGGCCUGCGGAGCCGCUCGGUGAGCUCCGUGGCCGGGAUGGGCAUCGAGCACAGUCCCGCCGUGCCCUUCGGCUUCUACACCCCAAGAGGUACGGACUCGGAUCGAGCCGGAGGGGGGUCAGGGGGCACUACCGCCGCCCCCCACGGUACCGGCUACCAGGACACUGGGGGCGGAGGGCACCACACGGACGGGGUGCUCUAUCUGGGGUCCCGGGGGUCGCUGGCUGACACCUUGCCCCUGCACAUCGCACCCCGCUGGUUCAGCGCGCACAGCGGAUUCAAGUGUCCUGUCUGCUCCAAGUCUGUGGCGUCCAACGAAAUGGAGGUUCACUUCAUCAUGUGUCUAAGCAAGCCUCGCCUCUCCUACAAUGAUGAUGUGUUGGCGAGGGAUGCCGGUGAGUGUGUGAUCUGUCUAGAGGAACUGCAGCAAGGGGACACCAUAGCCAGACUGCCAUGCCUCUGCAUCUACCACAAAAGCUGUAUAGACUCUUGGUUUGAGAUCAAUCGAUCCUGCCCUGAACACCCCUCUGACUGACUGACCACUAUGGCCCACUAUGAAUACUGUUCAAGGACAUCUGGAUGUCCUGCCAUGGAUAUCUGGACACAGACGCAACCAAAUCUGAUGAAACAAUCAAAGUGAUCAACACAUACUUAUCCUGACAGAAUCCACCAUCCUAACAAAGAUAAUUAUUCCUCGUGAACUGAACCAAAAAAACCUGCCCAUCGUACAUUAAAGGGCCCCUCCCGAGCCCUCCAUUUAACGUCUGCUUACAACAACCCCUUCCCUGCCCCUCCUUCCCUCCCCUCCCACUUCUCCAGGCUAACAGAGUCCCUUGAAGGGUUUCAUCGGCCUCAACCCCGCACCCCCCCCAACUCGAGUGGCCAUUUGCCUCCCUGACGUGCUCAGGUCCUCGCAGGCCUCCAGCAGCUGGCCUUCCAUCUUGGAUCCAGGCCUGUCAGUCAUUUGUGUCCAGCCCUCCCAUGGCCUUAACUGGAGAGAGGAGAGGAAGCAGAGCAGGGAGCGGGCAGGAGGGAAGAGGAAGGAAACAACACGAGGAAGAAGGAAGACGAGGAGGAGGAGGAGUGGGAAGAGGAGGAAGAAAUUGACGAAAGGAGAAUUGUUGAGUUGCAGAAGCUUGCUUCAAGAAACAGACUUGUACAUUAUUUGGUGGGCCUCUCAUCUCACAACAGGACUCCAACUCGGUGACAUUACAGACUGGGUCCCGGUGUGCUUCUUUCUCAUAGUUCCUGCCUCAGUUCUGCAGCUCUCCUCGCCAAAUUUGACUCAUAAUAAUAAAAUUAAAGUACCCAAAAUGCUUCUUAGAUCCGGGUUGUGCACACCUGGGCAGGCAGGGAGGGAUGGAGGGUUAAAAAAAAAAAAACAGAAAGAUGUCUUGUGUGUACAGGAUGGAUCGGGGAGCGGUCUGAGCGUGCUCAGUUCUGAUUAGGAGGGAGAAAGGGGCCAGCAGUGUAGUUUACGCUCCUACUGUGUAACAUGUGUGUUUGGGAUGCUCCAGUGUCAGGCUUCACCCGGUAUGUGUAUGUACACUGUGUGUGUGAGAGAGAGAGCUUGGAAACAUAGCUUUUGCUGAAGCCUAGUCUGUGUGUGUGUGUGUGUGUGUGUGUGUGUGUGUGAGAGACAGCAUGAAAGGUCAGUGUAGAGGGCUGACUGGAACAGUGCCGUGUGUGUGUGUGUGUGUGUGUGUGUGUGUGUGUGUGCUGUGUAUUGAAAUGUUUACAGUCUAGAUGUCCAUGUUCCCUGUGUGUGCGACUGGCAGUCCUCCCUUUACUUUGCUGAUGUUUACAGCCACAGAGAAGCGACAUGACAUAUUGUAAAUGACACGUGUAACCUCUCUCGGUUCUUUCUUUUCAGAUCUGCCAGAUUUUUCAUGUGAUCAUGAUUAGUCAUUUUCUCGUGAGAGCCUCGAGUGUCGAGAGCUUGCGUGUGUGUGCGUCUCCGUGCAUAUGACUGUUUGUGCGUGUGUGUGUGUGUGAUUCAAGAGGCACUUCUUGGUCUAUGCUACUGUCAGCCCCCCCCCCCACGUUGUGUUUCUGCUAGAGUAGGUCUGGCUGACUGCGACUGGAGACGUGAGCCACUCAGACCCUAAAAAAGGACUCUGUAGUCCCACUGUGGAUCCACUGGACGGGGCUUAUUUAUUCAUUUGUUCAUAUUUAACAAUAUUUGUUUGAUAUUCCAAUCAUGUGAGGUGUUAACUCACUCUUCAGAAUGCCAAGAGCUGAUGUAUGAAGACUACUACAAAUCAACAUACAAACAAACUGCAUUUACAAGCUACUGUAAACAAAUGGUGGAAUAAAUUGUGCUAGAUGACAGACUCCAUUUUCAACUUUCAUUCUGUGACCCAGCACUGGGUUUCCCAUCGGAACAUCUUAAUCCUAAAAUCAUUGUCGGCCUAUUAGAUACACAAUGUGUACAGUAUGUACUAUACUUGUAUAUUAAUGGGACACGGUGUUACAGUUAAAGUCUCAGGAGAAAUCCACCCUUGAAUCGUCUCCCACUCUUACAUCAGUCAGAAAUGUUAAACGCCCUCCAGGAGUUAUUUUGGGAUUGAAUGUGACGUAUCCACUUUCUGUGUAAUUUUAUAUCAUAUAGUCAUUUUACUAUGUGUCCCAGACUGCUGUUUGACAGUUAAUAAGGAAGGGACUGUGUAUUGUACUACUAUGACAUGCCGACAGACUAGGGGUCGCCAAAGCUUCACAGGGGUUUGCGAGGCCUUCUGCAUUUAGGCCUAUAGCUCAACAUUUAGUUUAUUUCUGUGAAGAAAACUAAAUUAAAUUGUUAUUUCUAAAGUUUAGAUUAGUAUUUAAGAUAUAAAUUUAAACUAAUCUCACAGGAUAAGGGCUCUCUGAUAAACAGCCUUGUCCUGGUUUAGAAAAGUAAAACAACCAAGGAGCUGAUAGAACAAUGGGAAGGAAACACUGAAUUUGUCAGAAAAGAAGCCCAUUAAGUGUGUAUGAUUUUUAAAAAUGCAAAAAAUACUUAAUACAGACAUUGGUAAUAAGUACCUUUCUGAAAAUUAAAGGAAUCUGCCAUCAAACUCCAUGAUAGAUACUUGAAAUAUCCCAAUUUGACAUCACUUUGUCAAUGCUUGUUAAACAUUCAAUUUGAGACAGAAAUGCAUAAAAAAAUAAGCAAAACAAGCUGCAAGUGUGGAUUUCUCCUCUAACAUUUCUUCCAUACACUCUCUGAUAAAUAACGUUGAAACAGUCACAGUGGAAGGACAUGCUAGUCCUCACUCUCGCACCCUUUACUGUUCCACCGUUGUAAGUCGGCGUGUAAGAGUUGGACUUAACUGCUAAGAUGCUUUCAGGGAAACCCAGCCUUUGGGAGAAUUUUCAGACCAGAUCUUUAGUGUUGGCAGAAAAUCACUGAUCAGAGCUGAGAGCUUCCGGAAAGCUUCAGAGCACUACGACUAUCUUUCCCUUUUACCAACAACAGAUGCUACAGGAUCUAUCAUCUUUUGUUUGGGGUGUAACUUGAGGAAUCCAGUCAAUACCCCUGGAACAACACUAAAUUUUAAUUCUUUUAAUCCAUCAAUCAUUGUAAUUCUUGAGGUGUAACUUUUCACAAGUAAAAUGAUGGGCGGUGAAGUAACACCUUGCUUUUCUCCCUGUUUUAUUUCUUCGUAGUCAAUUUUAUAGGUGUUAAUACCAUGCAAGAAGUGUGAAAUUUAACACAACUGAGUGCACUCAACUCCCAAAGGGGCCUCUGUAGUGCUCUGAAGCUGACAGGAAAACAACCAUUUACACAACACGGCUGCUCUGUGCUCAUAUUGCGCUGGUCACAAGUACUUCCUGUAAAAGAUGGAUGUUAAAGUUAGUAGUCCGUUUUGGGGACCUUUACCAUGAGAGCCUUUUCAUAAAACUUUACUUGAAGUGCAUUUCGAGGCAUUAUAAAGACUGUGAAGAUAUGUAUGUUAGCUUAAAGCUGCAGUUGUCGAUGUUAUUAGCGAAACAAUGGAUUCAGUGUAAUGUGAAAGGGGUCGCUCAUAACCUGCAAAGAAUUAUCACCCAAAUCUUAGGUAGCUGUAUUAAGUGAAGAGAGUCUGAUAAACCCACUCUAAGCUACCCGCCCAGCACCAACCCACUAUCAGACAAAGAUAGCGACUAGCAGGGGAGUAUAGCAGAGCAUUUAGCAGCUAAAGAGCCAGAUUUUACAGCUAGCUACGUUUGUUUUGGUUCACUCUCAGCGCUAACAUCAACCUUGUUUCCGGCUGCAGCAGGAUGUUAGCGAAAACCUUUGGAUAAACUACCUGCCCAGCCCUUACAGCAGACCGAUAACGUUAGCGACUAGCUGGUGAAGAUUUAGCAGCUAAAGGGACAGAUAUUAUACUCUGGGGCUAAUUCAAAACCGAGCUAAAAGGAGAGAGAAUUUUGGUCUUCCAAAUGAAGGCUAAGGUUGUUUUGUGUCUGAUGGACAUGGAACCUAAAUAGACAGCUCUUUGCUAACAUGUUAGCCAUAAAAAACGUAUGUGAUAAUGUGUCAAUAUUGUUGUUUUUAGCCUGUUCUGCUACUCUCUAGUGACCAUAAAAAGGAAUGAAUCAGAAGUUAGAUGAAUGCAGCUUUACAUUACAUUCAGAAAACAAUUAGCAUUAGAAUGUAUGGUGGUACAGGCCUGCAUUAAAGCUACAUUUUGCAUGUAAAAGUACACCAGUGUUUUAGAGAAACAAAAUGACAGUGGGUGGCAACAGAGAAAAUAGCAUAUUAAACAGUAACUGAGACAAUAUUAACAAAUAAAGUUCUUGCGUCAGGACAUGAUCAUGUUUCCCCCAAACAAUGAAGAACUGACUGACUUAAGAAUAAAAAGUGAAUCGCUUUGCUGUCCUUCAUGCAGGCAGUAUCCCACACUGGCUGGUUUGGUAAACAUGAGUGAGCUUUGUGACUUCACUUUAGAGAAUUUUUAUGAAUUCAAUUUCAUAUCUUGUUAAACAGCUGCCUCUUGCAGCCAUUUGGAGCGGCCAUCAUGUGACGAUGUCUAAUGCAGCUUUAGUGGAGUUUGAAUGUGGUAUUUCGGCAGUCAGUCACCCUGGAGUUUUCUUCCUCAUCAUAUCACAUCUAAUAUUAAAGCACUUGCGAUCAUAAUGUGGUUAUGAUGCCUCGUGAGCACCACUUCAAAUAAAGUGUUACAAACCUGUCAGUGCUGAGAUCAUCCCUGUUCCUUAUUAAGGCUAUGGCACAUGUAGGGUUUGAGAUGGAGGGCAGUGUUAAUUUUAGCAAGCAUGGGGACCAACAUCACGGUGCAUAACAGUAAUAUAAGAAGAAUAUAAGAACAAAAGAAGCCAAAUAAUAAUGGUAACUGCUAACCUCAUUGCCUAUUUGUGUGACACACAAUGUUCUCUGUAUAUCAUGGCCUGCAGCUAAUGGAGGGGGAUGAUCUCUUUGGGAAAUGACAUGCGCUUUAGUCUGGGUUGCAGAGUGAAAAUAUCAAAUGAGUCUCUCAGACUGCUGCUACAGUCGACAGUAGGCCCACUGUACCGCCUGCCUGCCCACUCAGCUCGGACAAACAGCUACAAGAACAAUACAGUACCUUCAUUUACUAUGGCUUUAUUUCAUUUGACUCCUUUUAGUUCAUGACUUAUUUUACUUUCUGAAGAUGUGAAUGGCUGCCUGCUUUUUGGGGGCGCCGACUAACAUGUCUGAUGACUUUGAUGUGCAAUCUGUGGGAUGAGUAAUAAUAAUGACAUAUAUAAUAAUCUAUAAUAUUAAAAAUGUCAAAAUACAAAA